AAUUUUUGAGUUGCACUCUGACAUAAAAAUGUUGAUUCAACUUAUUCUAGUAAUUUUAUCAUUAGCGUUGAUACUUUUGUAUCAAGUAGGAAGAUACAAUGAAAGUUAUUGGAAAAAGCGUGGAGUCAAGUUUCCCAGCCAAAACAGAGUUUUUGGUCCGUUUGCGGCGUUCUUCACGUCGAAACGUGCCAUGUUUGAAUGUUUUGGUGAUCUGUACCAAAAGUAUAGAAAUGAACCUGUUGUUGGCAUAGGAAACCUCUUCACUCCAUCUUUGUUCGUGAUAAAUCCAAAGAACGUGCAACACGUCUUAAGCUUGGACUUCAGCUCUUUCAAUCACAGAGGCUUCGAGAGCGAGAAGGACACAUUUACGGACCACAUCUUAUUCAUGACUGGCAACAGAUGGAAGCUGAUGCGACAGAAGAUGACACCACUAUUCACAACCAAUAAGCUGAAGAGCAUGUUCUAUAUUAUGGACAAAUGCGCACAAGAUUUGGUGGGUUUCUUAGACGAGAACCCAAAGACAUUGCAAGGAAAUUUAUCCGACACUCUAAACAUUUUCUGCAAUGCUGCCGUGUGUAGUGCUAUAUUCGGAAUCGGACAAAAAUCAACAUUUGAUUCACCUUUCCUGAAAAUGUCUAGAGGACUCUCAGUGGGAAAUUGGAAGAUAGCUAUACAGUUUGCAAUUAUUCAAACUAGUCCUAGAUUAGCAAAACUAUUGGGAAUACAAUUCGGCAAGGAUUAUGAAAAAUUCUUUGUUGAUGCCAUUACUCAAGUCACCCAGAAAAGAGAAGAAGAAAACAUUCCGCAUCAUGAUUUCGCCGACCUAGCCGCAAAACUGAGAAAAAGUGGAACCAUGAGAGAUGAUAAGACGGGUUGCGAAUUGGAACCGACAUACGGACUUCUAGCAGCUCAAGCCUCCUUCUACUUCAUAGCGGGAGUUGAAACCAAUGCAAACGCUAUAUUCAAUACACUUGUUGUGCUAUGCAAACAUCCGGAUAUUUUGGACAGAGUUUACCGAGAAGUCGACGAACAUUUUGAAAAAUCUAACAAUGAAAUCACUUACGAUGUGGUUACUGAAAUGACAUAUUUGGAUAAGGUGCUAAGUGAGUCCUUGAGGAUGUACCCUCCUGUGGGAUACUUGACUAGAAUGUGCAUCGAGGAUUCAGUGUUACCUGUCGGUGAUGUCAAGGUAGAGAAAGGAACGAAAAUGUACACUCCGAUAUACCAAAUCCAUCACGACCCAGAAUUGUAUAAAGAUCCUGAAGUAUUUGACCCUGAAAGAUUCGCCAAAGACAGGGCACCUAACGACGACAUAUAUUUGCCUUUUGGCAUGGGCAACAGGGUGUGCAUCGGUGCAAGAUACUCAAGACUGCAAAUCAUGGCUGGACUGGUUCACCUGUUACGCAAUUACCAGAUUAGUUUGAUAGAAACUGGCAAAAUGAAUUUCAAGGCAGAUAUUAUGAACGUUAGGCUGAAUAAUGUGGACAUUAAACUCACCCGCAGAAACAUCAAGACAUAAAGUGAUAAAUAAUAUUGUAACUUCAAACAAAAGACAAUGAACCUCGAACUGAUGAAUUAAUGGAUGUGUUUUAUCUGUUAUUUUAUGUAAUUAUUAAUGAUAUUAUAAUAUAUUGUUCGAAAUGAAAUGAUCGAUACAAAUUAUA